UUUCCAUUCAAUUUCAGGGGAACAGGAGAGAGUUGGAGACUUUAUCACUAAGGGAGAAGAGCUGCACCAGACACAGCCAGGUAUAAAAAUAGACAUAGAGGCUGCUACCAUCUGCUAGACACCCGACACUGCUCCACGCUUGGAUUUCUCCCUUUGCCUGGGAGUGGGGCACCCAUAACUGUGUUCCCCUAACUUUGAGUCGUGAAUCUGGGGAUAAUGUUAAUUAGGGGAUUUUUACACUGAAGGCAGUAAUAUCUGCACUUAAAAAAAACUCGGAGGACAUGAGGACUUGACACUGGAUUGUUCACAGACAUUUAAGAAUAAGAACAUCAUCUCUGCAAUUUAACUGCAAAGUGAAAAUGAUUCAAACCUUCUGCUGUCAACCUGAUGAUUCAGCUCUGGGGACAGCCCGACCCCUGUAGAGUGUUAGCCAGCUAAGGAAACUCUUCUCUGAUCUCAGUUGUAGCAGCAAUCCUUGUAGGGGCCGCAGAUCUGUGCAUAUGGAGCACUUUACAUGUCAUUACAAAGAAACAAACUUUCCAUAUGAGGACCAUAUGGAAAACAAAGACAAUUGUGAAUGGAAGAAAGUCAGUUUCACCGUCAACAUACAGUAGGAAUGGGUUAUUUACUGCAAAGGUCCUUUGUUGCAUUAGUCUUUACCCCAUUAAGUGGUGCUGGAAAAUUCACUAACAAAAUGGUACAAAGGAUUGAUUGGAUGCCUUCCUUACAAGAUAAGAGAAAUGUAGCUAUAAAUAAAAAGGAUCAUUAUACCAUUGUUGAAUGAGCCAGGGAUUGGCUGCCGGGUGCCCACUGAGAGUCUGAAAGCAUCUUCAUACAAUUGCUGUCUACGUUAAGAAGAUACCAGUUGUUCACAUGCUUCGUUACAAGAAGCAUAAGAGACAGGGAGAUGGCUCUGGAGCAAGUGGUGUGGGUGUAAUGGAUGAUACAGACCGGGAGGUGAGCAGUUUCACAGACCGAGCAUUUAGGAGCUUAUGUGUUGCAGAAGAAGAGCCAUUAAAUGAUGUUCCUCACCUGCCCUCCCCCAUUAGGGGAAUGCCACUUUCCACGAAGUACCAUCUGGGAAUAUUCAACCUUUCAGUCAGAAAGACUCAGCCCUUGGCACAGUUGCCUACAAUUCCACGACAGCGAGGGAGAUGGGCUCCAACAUUCCAGCCACUGCUCAAAUAUGCAAAGGAUGGGUUGAUUGAUGCAAAGACCAACAACAGACUAUGUGCACCUGAGCCAAGAGGAUACAAACAGCGCUCAAAAGUGUCAUCUCUAAUAAAGACAUUUGAUAAUAUUGAAAAUGAGAUACCAGACGAAUCUCCUUUACAUACAAGGAUACCCUUGUCUACAAGUUCUCAAACAGCCAAGUUGAAUAUAGAGGAAAGACCUUUAUGUGAGACUGUAGAAAAAAUUGACAUCAAUCAUGAGUCACUAGCAUCUAUCAAUCCAGAUGAUACUGAUCUGAAUCACAAUUCGCACAGACGCACAGCCAGGGAAGUAUUCUUGGAGUCUAAAGCUGAAAUUUGCUCCCCGCUCUCAGGAUCGCCAUGCUCUUUGGGGUCUCCAAUACCUGAUCAAUUAAAAAAAGUAGUGAAGAAAAAGGACUCAUUGCGAAGAACAACAUUUCUACAUAGUGAAAAUAGUGCCUUUAAAUCAUGGAGUGAUAUCAACAAGAAAGUAAUUGGAGGAGAUGAAAGUGACAGUUCAAUCCCAGGAACACCUCCAAUUCUGAGAUCAGCAACCCCAUGCUCUCCAUUACUAUCAAGAGCAGUACCUGGAAUAAGAUCUAGGGAUGUAGGACAAGAUGUAGGUUGGGCUUCUCCUGCAUCUACAUUGUCCAGCAGCUAUGAUGCCAUUCAGAUGCUAAGAACUGUUCCUCCACUUCCCAACAAAAAAACAAUAAAGCAAAGCAAAGACUCUAGCCACAGGACCACAAGGGUUCCAUUAAACACUAGAAUCCAAGAGGAAGAUAUGCACGUCGAUGAAGAACAAUCACCUUCUAAAGAUCACCCCAACUGGAUGAAUAAAUUAACCAAAUCUAAGUCACCACAAAAAAUAAAACAUGAGUUUUCAACAAGUCAAGAGGCAGAAGCAAUCUGUGAUUCAUCUCAGUCUUCUGUAAAACAAAACAAGGAAGUAGAAGAAAAGGUGGUUCCCUCAUAUGCAGAAGUACAAUCAGAAACAAUAGUCAAAGAAGACCAUGUCAAAGUGGAAGAUAAACAGAUGCCAUCAUCUGGAAGAAUAAAAUCCUUGAUACAGCAAAUGGAAAAAGAAGCAAUAAAAGAUGUGGUACCACUUAAUUUUUCAGUAAAGAAACAAAAUUUGUUAGAAUUAGCAAAAGAUGACACGCCAGAGGCUCAGCCUGCUGUGCUACAUACAGCAUCUUCAAACUCCAAUCCUCCAUCAAGCAAUAAAGGUCUUAUACCCCCAUGGAGGAGAACAAAACAUCACAUUAAAAUGGAACCUGAGGAAAAGUCAAUCCAUACAGACAGGGCCAGGAAAGAUAAGAUCACAGCGCAAUAUCAAGAAAAUGUGUCACUGAAUAAAGAUGACUUUUCAGAAGAAAAGCCUAUUAUGUCCCCCUUUAACAUCUCAAAUCUUUUAACUCCAAUUAUAAGAAGGAAAAACAUCCAAGAAGCCCUGGAAGAAAACCAAAUGAUGAUAACUCCUCCUGUUGAUACCAUUACAACUAAAGAUCAAGACCUGAUAGAAGUUAAUGUCUAUCAGAAAAGAGAUGAUUAUAAGUCUAAGGCAACUAGUCUGAUGUUUAACCUGAAGGACAUGAGGAAACGUGUCAAGAGUACAUAUGGUUCAGCCACUAAAGCAAGAAAUGGGUAUGACAGUAAUCUGGCAGCAGAUGUCAGGGUACAAGUGGAAGCCUCUCACACUAUUGCUUUGCCUGACACCAAUAAAUUAAUGUCAGAUAGGGAAGAAUUGAGCCAUAUACCUUGUGCACAGAACAUAAGUCCACCAAGAGAAACAGAAAUUAAACCAUAUGUUCUCGCAAAUACGUCUGACAACUAUUUAUCUUUGAGUUCUCCACCACAGAUUAUGGCAAGUAAAAUAUUUCAUAAUGGAGAAAUCCCUGCAGAAAAAGUUGAUACAAUUGUAGCCAUGCAAGAGGAGGAUAUAGAUUCUCUCUGUCUCAGUCCUACUGACAAUCUUAUCAGGAAAGGACUGGAAUAUCCUUCACUGAACCUUUAUCACAAGGAAGACACAGAUGUAAAUGUGGAACAAAAAGAAUAUACUGAAGUUAGCCCAGUCUGCAUUCAAACUGAAGAAGAACCUCACCCACAGUAUGAACAAAAUGUGAUAGAAGCUAUUAAGUUGGAUGAACCAGAAAAUAAUCUGGCAAUUCCAGCCAAGUAUGUGUCAGAGAGCCAAAUGGAUAGUGAACCAAGUCACCAAGAGCAAUCUAAUUCCCCAAAAAAUGCAGAAAAACAGUUGGUUGGUGAAAGCGAUGAAGGUGGAAAGAAGGUGUCAAAACGAGAUGAUACAAAGGACAGUUUACAAUAUUUUGCUGUGAGCAAUUGCAGCACAGAUGGCAGUGGACAGUCUGGGUUUCUGGACACAGAGGAUGAAAGGAAAGAAGGAAAAGAGAAAAUGGCAAGUGAUAAGCAAACUGCAGACAGUACUUGUAUUGAGGAUCUUAAGAGACCAUCAUCCACAACAUCUUUUAAACCAAACUUGUUUCUCAUAAAAGACAAUAAAAUAAAAUCUUCCCCAGUCACAAAGUCAGUGAGGCUGCCUCUUUUUAGGAGUCUUUCUGUAGAUUGUCUAGCUUUCAGGAAAGGAGAAGAAACUAGCUUAAUAAUGGAGAAGGUAGACUUGAGAGAAUCAAAUACCAAGAUUGGAGAGAACAAGACUAUAAAGUCCAAAACGUCCAGCAUAGAAAAUAUGGAAAUAAAUAAUAUAAGAAAACACCAGGAGGCUCUAACUACAAGACCUGCUUCAGAAACUCCAAAUCAUGAAAACAUAGGAUUAAGUCAAGUGAAAAUGCAAAAAGAAGAAGAAGACAUAGAACUGUGGAAUAAACUUUGUUGUGCUAAUGCUGAAUGGAGGAAAAACAAAUCAGAAGAUGCAGAAACAGUCAAAGUAAAUGAAAGCUGCAAUGACACAAAUUUACAUGGUCUUGAAGGACCCUUCUUCCAUCCAGUUGAGACCUGUGUCUCAGAGGUCAUGGGGCCGUCACCAGAGUGUAACACGUUGCUUGUGCACAAUGUAAGUGAAUCCAUGAAUGACUUGGUGAAUGGACAACAUAUGAGUUCUCCUCUUAUUGAUACUGAGAUUGCAAACUAUUCUCCUCUUGAAAAUGAAUUGCUACAGUUUGAAGAUGCUAUCUCCUUUUCAGAAGGCAUACCCUGUUCCACCAUAGCCAGUCCUAUGCUAGAGAGUGUAGCAUGCUCCAUGGUAGCCAGUCCUAUGUCUGUGAAUACACAAAGCUCCGGCUUUGCCACAGCACUUUCUGCAUUAGAUGAUAUGCCAAGCCCUCCUUCAAUUGGUGCAAAUUCAAGUAACGGAAAAUUUCAGUUCCCUGAAAAAUUAAUUGCAGCACAACCUAGUAAUAUGGAUUUAAAGAAUUUUAACUGCACUAAGUACAUACAGAAGAAGUCUCCAACCAUAGAAUUACAGAAUAUGCAUGCUGCAAAGCCACCAACUGUACCUCCCAAAACAGAGAAAGCCUUACGGCGUGCAAAGCGUCUGACCAAAAAACGCAGGAAGACUGAGAUUCCUCAGAGGUUACAAGAUGGGGACAUUCAGGAAAGUGACUUUGUUUUAGAUGUUCCAUCACCAGCCAAUGUCAUGCCAACCAUAAUUACACCACAGUCACAUCUCAAAGUGGCUUCUUCCAUACCCAGGGGCCUUCAGCAUGAAGAGUCUAUUUCUGAAUCCUCAACUCCAUCCCUUCCAAACACCCAACGCAAACUUCUUCAGGACCCUGACUCCGGACAGUACUUUGUAGUGGACAUUCCUGUAUAUUUACGUAUUAAAACCUUCUAUGAUCCAGAAACAGGAAAAUACCUGCAAAUGUCUUUACCUCCAUCAGAGAGGGAAACUCCAGCAUUGGAAAUGUCAACAAGUCCAUAUAUGUUGUAUCCAGGGCUUACCCCAGUUCCAGUUUCAUCCAUAGAAUCAUUUAAGGAAGCAUCACAGCUAUUAACUGAUGGUAGUCAUGACCUUGGAGAGAGGACAAAGUCAUGGGAUGACACAGAAGAAGACUCUUUCAAAAUGCAACAAUUCAUUGAUUUUAAUUCCCGUGACCAUAGCAUGACAGGGACUCCACAAAGCAUGGACAGAAUUGUUAGCAGGUCGAGGAGCCCAGACAUUAUUUCAAUGAAGGAUAUAGAUGACUUUGCAAUGGAAGCCAUUUCAUGAGCUUUAAAACAAUUAUAAAAAUAACCAAAAUGCACAAAAGCUCACACAAAGGGAAGGGUUACAGACCACUUGUAAAGACUAAUACCAGUGUGCAGCCACGCUGACUCCACUUUAACAUAAUUUGAAUUAGAUUAGUUAAACAAACUUGUAUAAUUUCCAUAUUCUAAGCAUUACAGAUGGUUCUAGCAAUACAAGAAAAGCACCCAAGGAAAAGCACCCAAAGGAAUGCAGGAAUGUAUAACACAAGCACUCAGGUCACCGUGAGGUUCUGCAGUAAGAUUUAUUUAAUUAAAAAACAAAGAAAACCAAACGUGUUAUAUAGAAGAUUACAUGUUAUUAGUAGGACAAGUCUAAAGUGUGGAAGUUGGAAAAAGCCAUAACGUCAUUGGCUGCCAACUGUGCUAUAAAAUUCACAUUGAAUUUCAAUGCACUGUUUUUCCAUACAUGUUUGAUGCACUGCACUAUUAGUUAAACCCAUACACAGCAAAUGAAAAUAAUUAUGAUGUUGCAAUCAGGAACGCUUUUUUAUAUCAACAAGAUUUUUUUUUUUCAAGUUAUUAACACCAUUUUGGAGCUCUGUUGUUUCCAAAGUAUGGGCUGAUGCAGAGCUUUAAUAUAUUUGCACCCAGGUCCACAGAAGUGUAAUGUGUUCAUUAUAAAAAAGCAAUUGGAUGCAUUUGGAAAGUCACAAAAUCAUAAGACGCAUGCAGACUGGUGCCAGUAGCCUAUGUACCACUGUACUUCAGGCCUUCAUCACAUACACUUACACCCAUGUUUUUAACCAUUUAUUUUGCUUGCAGAACUGCUCUAAUGCAGCAUGUACACUUCUCUGUUUCCAGUAUAAAACGAAAAAUUGCAUAAUUUAUGUAUGAGCAAUGAAAAAUGCACAUAGCUACCAAUAUUAAUUUGCAAUUAGCCAAUCCAAAGCAGUUAGCUAGUGUAAAGGUGCACACACACUAGGCGUUUUUACUCAGCGUGUAUGCACAGCGACGAUGGCUGACAUCGCUGGGCUGAAAAGCGCUUAGUGCAUAUACACUGAGCACUUUCCCCCCCUGCCCAGCGAUGUCAGCGGGGGUGAACGGCUUUCCAUAGCAGGACACUACGGAAAGAAGUUCACCCCGCCGUUCAUCUACUGGUAAUACCAGCAGAUGAACGGCGGCCACCGGCGAU